AAUAGUUUGUCAUUUACUUUUAGCCACUUGUGUUUGUUAUACUUUAUUCGUUGUGGCCAAGUAGAAAUAAUGUUGCACCAAAAACCACUAAUUGAAACAUACAGACGUGAAAACCCCAACUCCUCCUUCUAACGUAUUCCGAAAAGAUUCUGUAAUAUCUGCCAUGUUCACGUGUCUGCUCUAUGCAUGAAGUGCAUCAAUGAUUUAUAUUCGUCUUCCACCAGAAGCUGAGUAUUUUUUCCACGUCCUUCCUACCACGUAAGAUGGAACAGAGAACAGUACUCAACGUUUUGACGAUUCUAGUCUUAGCAGCAUUUCCUGCUGUGGAUUGCGUGAAAGGAAAAAGAGGACCAAAACUAACAGCUAAGGUGUUCUUUGACAUCCACGUGGGAGAGUACGAGGUUGGCAGAAUAGUUACUGGGUUAUUUGGGGAAGUUGUGCCAAAGACAGUGAACAACUUAAUUGCCCUUGCAACUGGAAUGAGCAUCUAUGCAGUGACAUUUCCAGAUGAGAACUUCAAGCUGAAGCACUUGGGAGUAGGGUGGGUCAGCAUGGCCAAUGCAGGCCCAGAUACCAAUGGUUCCCAGUUCUUCAUCACCUCAGCAAUAGCACCCUGGUUGGAUGGCAAGCAUGUUGUGUUUGGGAAGGGCCUUGAAGGAAUGUCUGUGAUUCAUACAAUAGAACCUCAAGACACAAACUAUAGAAAUCAACCCUUCCAGGACUGUGUGAUUUUUAACAGUGGUAAGAUAGACGUGAAAGAACCAUUUGUGAUAGAAUUUGAAGGCUGGUAAAAAGUAAUAUUAUUAUUACUAUUAUGUGUAGAAUUAUGCAUGAUCAAAAGUAUAGCUUCACAAACCACUAAUAUGUUAAGAUGCAUCAAUGUUCAGGACAAAGUUCAAAACUUUUAGAUAAAAGGGUUCACAUUUCUGACACUAAAUCCAGUGCUCUUGGUCUGCUAUGAUAUUUUGUUAUGUGGCUCAGUUCUCCGCAGUAUUUGAUGCAAUACCACUGUAAUAAAAAUAUGUUGCACUGUUUGUUCUUUCUGCACUAGCCAGGUAUAUUAACCUUGCGACUAACCUGUUCAGUAGUAAGAACUUCAAUAAAAGGCAAUAAUUCAAAGUGAGCGAUUUGGUGUGAAAGUGUGGUAGCAUGAACAUAAUUAUGAAGACUGUAUUUUAUUUAAAAUAGUUAAAACUACUCAAUUCCACCAGGAAAACCAGUGCAAUAUUUUUACGUAGAAACCAAUACACACCUUUUAUAUAUUAUUGUACCACUUACAUAACAAUUAUAUCAAGUUAAGGAAUUACACAUGGUGU